AUGUAAAAAUAAUUUGAAGGAUUUAAUGAUAUGGAAGAUUAUUACAUAGAAGUUGAACAAGUUUUAAGCAAUGUAAAUUUUUCUAUUAAAUAGUCUUAGAAUAUCAAUCCUUACGAUAUUAAAUGUCCAAUUUGUUUAAAUGUAUAUUUGGAUCCAAUAUCAUGUGACUCUUGUAUGAAUCAUUUUUGUAAAAAAUGCCACCAAUUAAAGUAAGUAAGUAUAUGUUGAUAAUGAGAAAGAGUACGAAAUGCCCUCUAUGUAACCGUUAAGGUGAGACAAGAAAAGCAUUUCCACUUUUAAGAUAAUUAUUGAGUUAGUUAAAAAUAAAAUGUCAUCAUUAUAAUUAAGGUAAGAGUAUUGUAAUAAUUUUAGGAUGUAAAAUAAUAAUUGAUUAUGAUGCUUAUGAUAAACAUGUAAAAUAAUGCGAUUUUAGAGAAGAAGUUUGUGGAUUGAUAGAUGGUAAAUAAUAAUGCAAUGUUGUUAAAUUUAAAAAAGAUAUGUCAAGACAUAGAAGUUUUGAAUGUAAUUAUAGAUAAUGUGAGUGUUAACACUGUCAUUAAUUUGUAAAAUAUAAUAAUAAGAAUUCUAUUAGUUUAGUAACUUUAAAUUAUAAAUGCAUGAGCAAAAAUGUGAGGAGGCUAUAACUAGAUGUUCGAAAUGUCAUAUUUAGAUUAAAAUAAAGGAUUAAAAUAAUCAUCUUGAUAUUUGUGAUAAGAAUAUUGAAUAAUGUGAUUAUUGUCAAGAAGAUUAUUCAGUAUAAUAAUUGAAUAUACACAAAUAUGAAUGUCCAUUACGACCUGUUUGUUGUCUUGGUUGUUCAUAAUAAUUUACUCUUAGUGUUUACUAUAUCCAUUAAACUAAAUGUCCAAAAUUUCCAUUAAUAUGUCCAAAUUGUAAUCAAAAAAUAAUUAGAGAAUAAUUUAAAAAUCAUGAAUUUAAAGAUUGUUUGAUAUAAAUAAAGUCAUAACAUGAUAAAGAAAUUUAAAAUCUAAUUUAAAAAUAAUAAUAACUUGAAAUUGAAUUAAAUAAAAAAGAUAAACUUUUAAAGUAUAAAAUAAAAUCUAAUUUAAGAUUUUCAAAUCGUUAUAAAGAUCCAGAUAUAUUUUUAAAUCUAGAUAAAACAGUAGCAUUUGUAAAGUAAACAACAAGUAAAAAGAAAGAUAGAUUUGUUUUAUUUAACAAUCCAAUUUCAGAAUAAAGAAAAUAUUGGAAAUUUAAGUAAUAAUUUAUUUAAUGUACUUAGAUGUUCUUAAGUUAAAAGUUCAUGGUAUGCAGUUGGUAUAACAGAAUUAUCUACAUUACAUUCUUUAAAAAGAUAUCAAGAUAUAGGACAUGGAUCCUAUUUAGUAUCUUCAAAUGGAACUAUGUAUAAUAAUCAUAAAGAUGAUCAGAAUUCAAAGGAAAGUGAUUUUUAAAUCAAUACUAAUGAUAUUAUUGUUAUCAAAGUAGAUUUAGAUGAAGGCAAAUUGAUUCUUAUUAAUACAACUUAAAAUUUAUCGCUCGAAAUAGAGGCAGCUUUUGAAGGAAAGGAAUUUUUUGGUUGUGCUUGUCUAAGAACUGCUGGAGAUGAAAUUCAAAUAAUUUAAUGA